UGAUCCUGCUGUGACUCUGGAGUGUGCGUAGCACUUGCAGCUGCCCCCAGCCUGAGCUGCACAGCUCGUGGAGCAGACCAGGGCCCCAAUAGCCCCAGCCAGAGAGGGAUUGGUCAUUUUCCUAGCCCUGCGCUGAGGGCUUCUCUUCCAAUAAGAGGAUGGAUGAGGGGGAAUGGAGCCCACUGCUGCCACAGGAUGUUGUAGGCCAGGAGCCGCCCCUCUCCAUGGACAGUCCAGCCACACCAAGCCACCUAGGUCCAGCACCUCAGGGAGACAAGUUGGGGACCUGGAUCUGCUGCUGCUGUGUUCCUGGAGCCAAGCACCAGGCCUCAAGGGGAGGCCCUGCCACCUCCCUCCCUGUGGGGAGCAGCUGCAUCAAGUGCCUGAUCUUCCUCUCCAACUUCCUCUUCUCCCUGCUGGGCCUGCUGGCCCUGGCCAUAGGGCUCUGGGGCCUGGCUGUCAAAGGGUCUCUGGGAAGUAAUUUGGGGACAGCCCUCCCCCCAGACCCCAUACUGGGGCUAGUGCUUGGUGGGCUGGUGGUCAGCAUUGUGAGUCUGGCUGGCUGCCUAGGAGCCCUCUGUGAGAGCAGCAGCCUCCUUCGCUGCUUCUGGGGGGCCAUCCUUGGCCUUCUGGUGCUUGAGGCGCUGGCGGGGGCCCUUGUAGUGGCCUUCUGGGGUCCCCUACAGGAUGGCCUGGAGCACACCUUACAAGUGGCCAUCAUGCACUACCAGGACGACCCAGACCUGCAUUUCCUCCUUGACCAAGUCCAGCUGGGGUUGCAGUGCUGUGGGGCAGUGUCCUACCAGGACUGGCAGCGGAACCUGUACUUCAACUGCAGCUCUCCAGGGGUGCAGGCCUGCAGCCUUCCUGCCUCUUGCUGUAUCAACCCUCAGGAAGACGGGAACUUGGUGAACACCCAGUGUGGCUUCGGGGUACUACACCUGGACCAGGCCGCAGCAGGGCAAGUUGUAUACCUGGAGGGCUGCAGCCCCAGGCUGCAGCAGUGGCUGCUUGGGAACAUACAGACCAUGGGCGGCUGUGCCAUCGUCAUUGUGCUAGUCCAGGGGGCUGAGCUCCUGCUGGCCACCCUGCUGCUGAAAGCUCUCAAGGCCCAAAAGCUAGAGGAGGACCCCAGGCUGGGCCCCCCUGAGCAUGGAGCUACCUAUGCUGCUUUCCCCACUGCACAGGGCUAAGGGAGGAGAGGCCAAGGUAUA